GGUUAGCGAUCCAAUGGCCUCGUACAUCUUCCUUCCAUGCACCAUCACCUCCUCUUCCUAAAUAAAACUACUUCUUUUCAUUCUCUUUCUUCUUUCACUUUCUCUCCAUAAUAACCACUUCCAUCCCCUGAUCCCAAAAACCAAUCCAAAAUCACCAAUCUCCACCGGUGUCGCUACCCUCCACCACUCAUGUCGAUAUCACCGAUCUUCCUUCUCAUAAUAGCCGCCACAGUUCUCAGUAGUCCACUCAAAGCAACGAACACCAGGAAGCUCACCUCCACCGACACAGCAUCUAGCGGAGCACAGGAUGACCAGAUCAAGUGCGGUGGUUGUCCUUGCAACCAGCCUUGCUACACUGCUGCACCACCACCACCACCGCCGCCCAAGAAGCCAUCUCCAACUCCUAGCUUCAACUGCCCUCCACCGCCCUCAUACAUUUACAUAACUGGCCCACCGGGGAAUCUGUAUCCCGUCGACCCUUACUCACACUCAUCGGCCAACCGCCGCGUCUUGGUGGUUCCUCCGCUUCUUGUUCUCGUUGGAUUACUGGGUAUGCUUGCUUUUUAGUAAACUCCAUAGAAUCAGUCUCGGAAAUUUGAGGCAAAGGGACACCGAAGAUGGAGAUUCUGAUUCCAGGAGAGAAAAGAAAGCUUUUUUUUUUUUUUGUGAAUUACAGUCACAACUUAUUUUCUAAAAAAUAAAACUAUUUAUAAUAAUUACGAAAUAAUUAUAUAGUUUUUUACGUUCUUUUAUACUUUUGGUUAUUUAUUAAUUCUACGUGAAUAGGGUUAUAUAUCUAAUCCUAAAGUCGAUGAUCACUUUCGUCUUCGUAUAGUCAAAGUGUCUUCUUAUAAGUAACAAUUGAAAAUAAUUUAUCUGUGUUUACUGUUAUGAUGUUUCAUUGAUUA